CCCUGCCCAGGUGUUGCGGGGGAGGGGCCGCGAACCGGGCAGGGAAGUGGGCUGGAAGCCGAGGCAGCGAGGGCAGGCCGGGGUCGGGAGGCAGGGCGGGGGCCGGGAGAGAAUGGAGGGCACGGCCGGGAUCAGGGGCCCGGUCCAGGGAGGAGGCAUGGGGCUUGAGGACAGGGUUCUGGGGCCGGAGAUGCGCAGCCCGGCAGGCCUCGGUCCACCGUUGCAGGGCGACGACGGCGGCAUGUGCGAGGGCCCGUCCCGCAUCUCGGGGCCCAUCCCGCCAGACCCUACGCUCUGCCCUGACUACUACCGGCGGCCGUCCUCAGCCCAAGGGCGCCUUGAGGGAAACGCGCUGAAGCUGAACCUGUUGACUUCGGACCCGGACCAGGAUGCCACCCCUCCCCGCGGCCCCCGCAUGAGCCCCGGAGCCCGAGAGAUUCUGGAGCGUGGCCGGCGUGCCGUAGGGGCCGUGUUGCUGCAAUUCGGGGAUAUCUCCGUAGGCCCAGGCGCCUCUCCCAAGAGGAAGGACCCUAAAGACCAUGAGAAGGAGAACCUGAGGCGGAUCAGAGAGAUCCAAAGGCGCUUCCGUGAGCAGGAGUGCAGCCGGGAGCAGGGCCAGCCCAGGCCCCUGAAGGCUCUGUGGCGCUCGCCCAAAUAUGACAAAGUGGAGUCCCGGGUCAAGGCCCAGCUGCAGAACCCCAGCCCUGCCUCUGGGACAGAGCCUGCCCACUUCCUACGGGCACAUUCCCGCUGUGGCCCUGGGCUCCCACCACCCCGUGUCCCCAGUCCCCAGCUAACCCCACCAGGUUCCAGCACUAAGGGGCCAGGCCUGGGUGUGGACUUCAUUAGCCACAAUGCCCGCACUGCCAAGAGGGCCCCCCAGCGGCAUUCCCGCUCACUGCAGGUCCUGGCACAGGUGCUAGAGCAGCAACGGCAAGCCCAGGAGCACUACAACGCCACACAGAAGGGCCACGUGCCCCGUUACUUGUUGGAGCGCAGGAAUCUGUGGCGGCAAGAGGCAGAGGCCCGCCAGCAUAGCCAGCCGGACCCUGCCAUGCCCCCUGGCCACACUCGCAUGCCUGAGAACCAGCGGCUGGAGACACUGAACAAUCUGCUCCAGAGCCAGCGCCAGCUGCUGCGUGAGCUGGUGUUGCUGCCUGCUGGGGCAGACUCACUGAGGGCCCAGGGCCACCGUGCAGAGCUGGACCGGAAGCUGGUGCAGGUAGAGGAGGCCAUCAAGAUCUUUUCCCGCCCCAAGGUCUUCGUGAAGAUGGAUGCUUGAGCCCUUUUAUGGGAAUAGUGAUGGGGAUCCUCACUGAGGAUCACUGCAUGGUUGCAAAGGGCAGGGUCG